CAGGGGGACAAGUGUGGUUUUCCCAAGGUAUGAACGAAGUUCCCAUUUUUUGCCGGUACAAUUGAACAGAGCGGAGAAAGAGAUCUCCAUUCCAUUACACACGGGAGAGCGCACUAAUUUAAAGAGAGCUAUAUAUCUAUUCAAUCUAGAGAGGCAUGUCAUCAAAUCUGAUAUCCGGUCUUUGAGGUCUUGGGUGUAUUCUGCUUUAGCUUUAGACAGAGGUUAAAGGAAGAAUGAAGGGUCAUGAAGCCAAGGUAUAUUUCUAUGUUCUUUCAUCUGUUCACCCUAUUUUGUGGGUGGUUGUUUUGCUUCAGUGUUGCAAUUCAGGGAUGUUUUAAACUCCAAUAUUUGUUGGUAUUAUGUUGAAAUGUUUGUAAUGAAUUUUUGUAUUAAUAGUAACCUACCUAGUACUCCUCUUGUAUAGGUAUAAACUCUCUCUCUCUCUCUCUCUCUCUCUCUCUCUCUCUCUCUCAAACGCACUUCUGCCUCCAUCCAUUCCAAGAUCAGGAACUUCAUGAUAGCAAGAGCUUGGGUUGUGUGGCUGAAGGACCUAACAUUUGGAAUGAUUUUGGUUCAAGGGGUAAUAUGUGUCCCGAGGGAACUGGAUCUGUGAUUAGUGUCAACCAUUUAAAACCUCGUCAAGAAGUUAGUGAGAGAAAUGAGGAAUCCAUGGAUCACCUUGUUUGCCAAUGUCCAUUGGCUUUGGCUUGAUGGAACUUAGGCUAUUACGGUUGGUGGAGGUUUGAUGGGUGAUCCCAACCACUUGCUUUCGAGUACGAAUAAUUGCUUAUAAGGGCUUCGGAAGUUACAGGAAGGCAAAAGUAUUCUGGGAAUGUAAAAUUCGUCCUCUUUUUUGGUUUUCGGUUGGAGAGAAAUGCGGAUGCCUAGAAUGGAGGAUAUUCUAAACCUUCCAGUGCAGGAUCCUCCUAAUGCAGAGUUUUCUGCAGCUCAUCUUAAUUGGAUACAAGUCGAAGGUGGUAGGCAAGGUGGUGACAAUAUUGCUCUAAUCCCUUAUGCCAGAGUGGAUGAUUUUGUGAAAGGAGAAUCUGUUAAUGCAGAAUGCCCUGCUAGUUUCCGAGUUGAGUCUAGGAGGAAGAGAACUCAAGGGAGUGUCAGCAAACCAAGGGUUGAUGGCUAUCUCGAAUACACGCUAUACUGGUGUUCCUAUGGUCCAGAAGAUUAUAGGGAUAGUGAGUCUGGUGGGGCUCGUGCAAACAAUAAACCUGCUUCAGGCAAAGGAAGUAGGCCAGGGAGACGUCACAUGAUGAGAGGGUGCCUUUGUCAUUUUACUGUUAAACGCUUAUACUCCCGCCCCUUUCUAGCACUAAUCAUCUACAACCAGCAAAACCAUGUGGAUAAAACAGGGGCUCCAUGCCAUGGGAUAUUGGACCAGGAUGCUUUGGGAACAAGAGCGAUGUAUGCUCCUCGAAUUUCAGAAGAGUUACGGCAGAAAGUGAUGUCCAUGCUUUAUGUUGGAAUGUCUUUGGACAAUAUAAUGCAGCAUCACAUGGGGGAGGUGGAGAGGCAAGGAGGGCCCCACAAUCGCGAUGAUUUUCUCACUCGCAAUGAUGUCCGUAACAUGGAAAGGCUGGUUCGUAACUCCUCUUAUGAGCUAGAUGGAAAUGACGAAUGCAGUGUAAAAACAUGGGUGCAUCGCCACCAGAAACACGUAUUCUUUUUCCAAGAUAGAUGUGGUUCAGAACCGUUUAUUUUGGGAAUACAAACAGAUUGGCAGGUGCAGCAGAUGCUUCGUCAUGGUCAUAAUGGAUCGGUAGCUUCUCAUUCAGCAUUUGGCUUGAAGAAACUUAAGUAUCCUCUUUGUUCAUUGCUUGUCUUUGACUCAUCAAGGAAUGCAAUUCCGGUUGCCUGGGUCAUCACUUCCUGUGAUGUUCAUCAAGACAUCCACAAAUGGCUGGUACCCCUUGUGGAUCGGGUCCGAACUAAGGACGCCAGAUGGAGACCUAAUGCCUUCUUGGUGGACGAUCCUUCUUUUAAGACAUCUAUUAUCAGAGAGAUCUUCCGAUGCCGGGUCCUAGUAUGCCUCUGGCAUAUUCGCCGUGCCUGGGUAAAAAGCCUCUUAAAGAAAUGUUGCAACUUUGAUGUGCAGCGAGAGAUCUUGAAGCACUUAGGGAGGACAUUGUACUGCACAAGAAGCAUGUCAAGCGCUUUAGAUUCAGUUGAAGAGUUGAUGCAAAUAUUUGUUGACCAAUGUGCCUUCAUGAAUUAUUUUAGAAGUCGGUGGUUACCAAAGAUAGAACUCUGGGUUAAUAGCUUAAGAACUCUCCCUGUGGCAAGUCAAGAACCAUAUUCUGCGAUCGAAGCAUACCACCUAAGAUUAAAAUCCAAAGUUUUCAACGGACUACAUUCUAGUUGCUGGCAGAGAGUUGACUGGUUGAUCCACACAUUGACAACUGCGUUCCACUCCUUGUAUUGUCUUGAUCAGUACGCAGUGGAGACCGCUAAUUUUGAGAAUCUGAGGGACGGGUGCUUCUCAACGAACUCUUGGUAUCAAGCUAUGCACAUCCCCGACGUUGAUGUGCUGUUAGAUGAAGAAAAUCUCCAGUUUGCUAAAGUCAUUUCUCAAGCAGACAGGACUCUGGUGUACACGGUUUGGAAUCCAGGUUUGGAAUUCUCACUAUGUGAUUGCACUUGGUCAAGGCUGGGGAAUAUUUGUAAGCACAUUGUUAAGGUGACCAUCUUAUGUAAAGAUCGGCAAGUUGCUAGGCCAUUAUUGGUAGCCCAAGUUUAUCGGCAGACCUUGCUUAACCUUUUGCAAAGCCCACCGGAUGAUCCUCUAGUUCUUGAUCAUGCCAUUUUGCAUGCAACACGCUUGCAACAAGAUAUCAAAGCUUUGGAAGACUUAUCCAGUAGUGGGUUGCUCCCGCCUCUACCUCCUGAUACAAAUUCCCAAACAAUGGAUAAUCUCCUACUUUUUCCACGACUCCAAUGACGUGGUGAUUGAUAGGGGAUAAAGUUGUCUUUGGGGAUUGAUAUUUCCUGCUUGUAUGUCCAAGCCAGUCUGUGAUUAUAUGAACUUAUAUCGAGCACCUUUCUUGAUCAGCGAGUAUUUUGACUUACAAAGAGAGGUAGAUCUGAUCAAAAUGCUUCUAAAGUUUCAAGGGUUGUCUUGACGAGCUCCAAUCUUUGCAUGUGGAGGUACUUCAUGUUACAUGCACGCUAGCUGAUGCUUUUAUAAAUAUUUCCUGUGGGUCGUAAUGUGCUUUCAUUCUGAGAUAAUGAAGUUGUAGAAUGCAGAUUGAUUCUGGUGGUUAACCCCUCUUUCGGAUAUAGUCGAGUUUUUAGUAAGAAAAUAUCCACAAACUAUACUAGAAGGAGUUGAGCCCAGAAUACUGUUCAUCUGGUGGUUUGCAUUUUGCUCGUCUCUGUCGAGAAUGCCCGACUUUAAAGGGUUGUGAUAAGUCUUUUGGAGGGGCAUUUUAGACUUUAUGCACUCUGCCAUGCAUUAUUGUUGUUUACCCUUUGCCUUCACAGGAAAUCUUUUCCCCUUGACUUGGGCUUGAUUUGGGGGAGGAAACAUAAAACCACCUGUCCUCUUUUCCCUGCUUUUGAGGGAGAAAGUGGUGGGAAAUUACUUUGUGAAGAAGAAAAAGGACCGGAGUUGGAGCCUAGGUCACGCCAGUUGAAUCCCCUCCUCCCUCUUCUUUUCCCAAAUUCAGAAUGCCUCAUUUGUGCGGAAUCGAAGAGAAGAAUUCCAGCGAGAUAUGGUAAUGGCGAGAACAACCAGCGGUGAGUGUGCGGCGAAAAUCACUGUUGACGUUUUGGGAGAUCUACGGUUUCUUCGCUUUUUUCUUCGGUUCUUCAACAAUGCUUGCGCAGAAGAGUGCGAGAGAAGCUAGAGAAAGAGAACAGAGGGAGAAAAAAGAGAAGGCCAGGUUGAAGCAGGAAAGAGAGA